AUGACUUUUACAACAGCGGCAUUUAAUAACAACAAUUCAACAACCAGAGCAAUUGAUAAAUCUGCAAAGUCUACCUUUUCUGAAAUAACAUCUCAAGAUAGAAAUCAACAAAAAAAGCCAAGGAAAAUUUCAAAAAGUAAAAAUGUUGAUAACUAUAGUGGAGACAUUUCCGAUUAUUCAACAACAUCAUUGCCUGUAUCCAAUAAUGGCUCAACCCCAUCUUUAAUUAGUAUGACAGGUAUACCUACAAUGAGUAAUGGUUAUCAUGGUAAUAAUUUCAAUAGUAAUCAUUAUAAUUCAAAUAAUUUCAAAAAUGGCCCACAAGAAAUAGUUAGAGAUUCAACAACACCAGAAUCAUUUUCAUCCCAUGCAUAUAGUUGGCCUAUUUUAUUUGCUGUUAUACCUCCAAUGGGAGCACUUAUUUUUGGCAAAUCUGAUGUUUGGAGUGACUUUCUUUUGUUACUUUUAAUAGCAUUCUAUCUAUAUAAUAUCAUAAAAGUGCCUUGGGAACUUUACUAUGCUGCUAGAUCAAAACGUUUAAUGCAUGAAAAUACAUUCAAGGGUCAAACACUAGAUUCAACUCAAAAAGCCAUCAAAAACCAAUUGGCAAAAGAACUUCAAUCUCAUGAACUAUCUGCUUUAAUACUUGUUAUUGCAUCACCAAUUAUUGGUGGCUAUGCAUUGCAUGGAGCAAAAACUUAUUUGACUGAUUAUGACCAAUACAUUUCUCACUUUAAUAUUGUGUUGUUUGUUUUUGCAGCUGGUAUUAAACCUUUAAUGCAUAUAGCUAGUUUAGCAAAAAUUAAAACUUUGCGUCUUCAAGAACAAAUUCAUUAUCCUAGCACAGAAGUUGAAGUAUUGAAAAGACAGAUUCAACAUUUGGAAUAUGAAUUUUCACAAAUACACAAAGGUUUAGCGACAAAACGUGAUAUAAAUAGUAUCAGAGAUGGAUUCGAACCCACAAUUUCUCAACUUAACAAGACAGUUAGAAAAUAUGAGAAAAAAGAACAACACUUGCGUAAUUCUUCUGAGGAAAGAUUUGCAUAUCUUGAAUCAAAAUUAUCUGAAUAUGACAAUUUCAUUAAUCACAAUCUAAAGGAACAAGAGGCAAUGACCUUACCACCCAGCAUGAUGCAACUGAUUGUCAUCCCAUCAAACAUCACAUUAACGAUGUUAAGCUAUGUAAAAUACUUUUUACCUAGAUCUUUAAGAGGUAGUCGCCAAAAACCAAUGUUACAGCCUGCCGAUUCAUCUGAUGGUGAUGGUAAUAAUGGAUUCAUUAAUAAUAAUAUCAUAAAUUAA